CUGCGGCCGAGGCGGCUGAAAGCAUCUCCAGAGGGGAAGGUGCUGACUGUAAGAGUGCAAGAAAAGGAAGGGAGAGCAAGGAGCCUGGGGAGGAGAGAUCCCGUCCUCGCAGCGCAAGCAGCUGGUGAGAGUUGGUGGGUGACUGUUUGAAGAGCAGCCACAGGCUCAUCAUGGCUCAGGUGCUGCAUAUGGAUCCCGGGUUCCCAGGCAAACUCAACCCGCCUGCCCCCCCCUCGCUGCACGGCAAAGAACAGGAGGCGCCCUACUCAGUGGAGACCCCCUAUGGCUACCGUCUGGACCUGGACUUCCUCAAAUAUGUAAACGACAUAGAGAAGGGAAACACUAUCAAGAAGGUGCCCAUCCAACGCCGUCCACGCUAUGGCUCCCUGCCCCGUGGUUAUGGCUACACCGGCUCCUGGUGGACCUCCACAGAGUCUCUGUGCUCCAACACCAGCAUGGACAGCCGACACUCCUCCUUCUCCUACUGCGCCCCGGGCUACCACUCGACGCAGAGGCCCAGCUUCAGCACUGCCCGGGUGGAGAAGACCCUGUUGGAUGCACGCAGGAAGCUGGAGGAGGAGAAAGAGGCGCGUAGAUUCUCCAACCUGGGCAGCAUGCACAGCAGCGUGGCAGGCUCUAACACCUCCAUCAGCAGUGCACACAGCUACAACCGAACCCACGGUGGAGGCGGAUCCUUCACCCCAAUGAGUUCUGGCCUGUCCACGCCGGUGACACCAACUCCAGCCCACCUGCAGCACGUCAGGGAGCAGAUGGCUUCGGCCCUCAGGAAGAUCAGGGAGCUCGAGGAGCAGGUGAAGACCAUCCCUGUGCUGCAGGUCAAAAUCUCUGUGCUGCAGGAGGAGAAACGGCAGCUCAGCGUCCAGCUGAAGAGCCAGAAGUUCCUGGGUCACAGUCUGAGUUUCAACCGAGGUCGUCCCCGGGGCGAGCUCUACAUCGACAUCCCUGAAGAAGAGGUGAUCACUGGGGCGAAGAGCAGCUACAAGCCACUGUCUCCCACCUCGCCCGAUGGCUCCAAGCUUCAGGAUUCAGGUUGUGAGAUCGAGGACACAGUGAUUGUUGGCGGAGCGCGACUGGAUGCAAAGCGGGAAGUGCGCACCAUCGGAGUGGGACCAGAGGACUUGAGGGGCAGUCUUCAUGUGGGAGUCGGGGUUCGGGAGGAGGACCUGGGUCUGCUGCCAGAGACAAAGGCUCUGAGGAAUCAAGUGGGUCAGCUUGAGGGCCAGCUAAAGAGGACGGUGCAGGAGCUGCAGGAUGCUCAGCAGCAGGCUGCAGCGGCCCAGAAUGCACCUCGGGCAGAACAUCCAGUCAUGGCUACCAGCGUGGGCUGGCAGGAGCCACAAGGCUGCAGCCUGCACACUCUGGUCAGCUUCACACAGCUGCCCCAACAGAGGGAACAGAGGGAACAGAGGGAACAGAGGACUGUGGGAAUCCAGGUGUACACACUCGAGCAGCCCACUGUGGUGGAGGUGGGCACGCUGCUCCGGGCGGAGAUGUGCAGCUCCCCCUCCCUUCUGCCAGCUGGUGGAGUCGUGGAGGGCCAGCACAGAGGACAAGCUGAAGAUGCUCCAGUUGAGUUGCCGAUUGCAGUCAGCUCCAAGCAGGUCCGCGAUGUCCUAAAGAGCGAGUUGUCCACUUCGGUGCCGGUAGCUAAUCCCGCCAUUGCUGUAGGCACGUCUAGUAAUCAGAUCAGUUUGUUGCACUCAAAAGAAGAAGAAACAGUCGUGGAAACACCCACAGAGGCCGUCCAGUCACAAGAAGGCCCCAACGCAGCCUCAUCUCCACAGUCCUCUCUGAGGUCCAUUAUGAAGCGGAAAGCAGAAGGUGAACCAGGAUCUCCCUCCACAAAGAAGAACCUACAGUUCAUUGGAGUCAAUGGAGGAUACGAGUCCACGUCAUCAGACGACAGCAGCAGCGAGAGCUCGGAGGAGGGGAGUGACUCCAGCGAAUAUCAUGAAGCCAGAGAAAAACUGCCAGAGUCAGCGGCCCACAGCACGGCUUCCCAGCUCCCAGAAAGCAACAGUGUACCUCAACAGACUGCCGCCAAGCCACCAGCCGUCGUUCCAGACUCGCAGCAGAGUCCCAAUCAGUCUGAAACUGCCGACACAAAACUGCCAGACGAAGCCGCCCAGUCACCAGCAUCAGACACUGCCUCCGACUCCUCUCCACGUCCUCCAUGUCCAGCAAACGAAGCUGCUGCCAACGAGACUGUCGACCGGUCGUCGGAAAAACACACAGUCACCCAGGAGAUCACCUCCACAUCUUCAAGCACUGAAUCCACUCCUGAACAGAGCUCAGUCACCUGUUCGCCGUCGCUGUGUGUCACUAAAACCACUGAGAUCACCACGCAGAAAUUCACCGUCCAGUCAGAGACGACCGUCCUCUCCGGCCAAUCAGAGCCGAAGCCAGCAGCUGUCAAGCAAGUCAGGCUGGACCUGAGCGACAGCCUGAUGUCGGCUCUUCGUGCCCUGCAGGAGGCCCUGGGGGAACCCAACGCCUUCAGCCAACAAGGAGCAAGGGCGGCCUACACCACCGUGCUGCAGGAGUGGCUGCGCGUGUCCUGUCACAAAGCAGCGGACACGGCUGUGGUCAAGGCCUAUAUGAACAGCUUCGCCUCAGUCUCCCCUCAGCUGCUGGAGUUUGUGAUCAACAUGGCAGACGGCAACGGGAACACAGCGCUUCACUACACCGUCUCCCACUCCAACUUCCCCGUGGUGAAGCUGCUGCUGGACACUGGCCUGUGUAAUGCUGACAAGCAGAACAAGGCGGGCUACACGGCCAUCAUGCUGACAGCUCUGGCCGCCUUCCACUCCGACAACGACCUUCAGACGGUCCUGCAGCUGCUGCGCACGGGGGACGUCAACGCCAAGGCCAGCCAGGCUGGUCAGACGGCGCUGAUGCUUGCGGUCAGCCACGGUCGGGGGGACAUGGUGCGGGCGCUGCUGUCCUGCGGGGCACAGGUCAACAUCCGUGACGACGACGGCUCCACAGCGCUCAUGUGUGCGUGCGAACACGGUCACGUGGACAUUGUGCGUCAGCUACUGUCUGUGCCGGGCUGCGAUGCCACUCUCACUGACAAUGACGGCAGCACUGCUCUGUCCAUCGCCCUGGAGGCCAGCCAGAACGACAUCGCAGUGCUUCUGUAUGCUCACCUCAACUUUGCAAAGCCUCCUUCUCCUGUAUCACCGAAGUCUCCUCUCUUGGGUUCCUCUCCUCCUGCCGGUGAAACCAAAUAAAGCCUCCUGCAGCCAAUCCACAGUAACUACUCAUACUAGUGUGAUUUUUUUUUUUUUGUCAUCUAUGUAACUACGACAAACAAAGAGUUUGUGUGUGCGUUUGUUUUCACCCUCCAUAAUGUAAGUGCGUUAUAACGUGCUGAUAGUUACUCCAGCGUGCACCACUGUUAUUCCUUUUGUACACUAUGGUCUUUAGUUUAAUCACAGUAGUUUUUGAAAACAUGGAUUUCUUGUUUGGUUAAUUCAGCGGCUGUUUAGACACCAGUCCAGUCAUGCAGUGAUCCAGUAUUCAGCACUGGUUUUCAGCUGCACUUACAAGUCAAAACUGUUCACUGAGUUUCAUUAUACGGUUCAUUAUAAUACACAUUUUUGUUUUACUCCAUGUGAAUCUCAUAUUAGUUGCUUUAUAGAGCGAUGUGUGUUCAUUGUAAUGUGUACAAUAGCUCUUACACAGUAGCAUUAUUAUGUUUGUGACCAUCACAGUCAUUUGGAAUAACAAAAGCCACCCCUCUCAUGGAUAAGUGCCCUUGCAUCAAGUAGCUAAUUGGUGCUACAAAAAUCUAAGUUCAACAGUAUAUCAAUAUUUAUACACAAGAUUUAUUAAGUCUAGAGUAUUUUUGAUAUUGAUUUUUUUCAAAUUUUUGACUUAAUUCAGCAAUUCUCAAGGAUCAAUUUUUUUUUAUUUCCCAAACAAUUGUUAACUUAUUUCACCUUUUUAACCAGGGGUCAAAAAAUUAUUUUAUACGGCAACUACAUUCCCCAAAAUAAACCCAAAGACGUGUCUCUCCUUUCAGCUCUGUGACUCUGUAUAUUGUGGUGAUAAUGUUAACAAAGGCCGGGCUUAGUGUGAUGGGAGGAAUAGAGCAACGUUAUUCUCUGAAGGCUACGGGACUGUGCUGUUUGUAUUUUUAAACGUGAAGGUAUUUGGGAUGGUAGGAAGGAAAGAUUAGAGUGUUUCUGUGUUUGUAAUAUUCUGUGCUUUUAGGUUUUAACGAGAUGUUGAUGAGAAAUGACUGAAAGCACCACCUCUGUGGUCAUGCUGGUGAGAAAUGUACGGGAAGCAGAAAGUGUCUGAUUAGGGUCUUUAAAGGACGUGCCGUGUAAGAUGUGAAUAUCAAAAUAAUAUAUGUCAAUAUAAACUGUUAGUUAUUAUGCCUAAAAUCUAAUUCCUCGAACAAAAGUGCAUAGGCUAUUGAUGUCAAAAUUUAUAUUAAUUGUUAAAGACUUUUUCACAAUUUUCGUAUUAAUUUUUGAGCAACUGAAUUUUUAUAAACUUUCUUUUUUUUAUUUAAGUAUCUAUCUUUUUAUACAUUUAGAAUUUUGAAGCUCACGCCUACUUUAUGUAAUCCUACAGCUCUUUAGUUUAUCUUUUAUGAAGGUUUAUGUCAAAUUCUAGACUGUUUUUCACCUCUUCUAAUUUGUGCAUUUUGGAAAAACAAUGAAUUAAUAAAUGUGGACCAC